UUUUUCUUCCAGACUCUCCAUCGUCCACUUUCUUCCUUUGCUUUCGUACUAAUAUAAAAUAAUUUUUUCACAUCUUUUUUAACACACUCACCUAAACUCACCUUAUUACCACAAGACAUUUUUGUAAUGAAGAAGUCCGCUGCCCCCGCUACCCCCGUCGUCGUUAAGACCAUUAAGACUGCCCCCAAGGUCUCCAAGGUCACCAAGCGUGUCACCAAGGGCGCAAAGAGGGUCUCUCCUUACAACAAGUUCAUGAAGGCCCAGCUGCCCAUUUUCAAGGCGAAGAACCCAGGUAUCUCCCACAAGGAGGCCUUUAUUGGCGUUGCUAAGGAGUGGGCCAUGGCUCCCGAGAACCCCAAGAGCAUCGCUGCCAAGUAAAUAAACAGCGGUCCAGUUUGUAUGCUGACCUCGUGUUUAUUUUUGUUGCAUGCCAGGAAGAGGAAUGAUGUGUUACAGUGCCAAGCAAUAGCUUUUACUUUGCAAAUUGUCUCUUGAUCUGUCGUGCUGUGCCAAAGUCAUUUUCCAACUAUUGCGCACGCUUCUAGCAUACUCCGAUACUUCUGAUACUCUCGCUUGCCUCCGUUUUUCUUACUAUCAACCCCCUUACUUUCAUUCAUUCAUUCAUUAUUUUGUUUAAUCAAUCAUUGUAUUUAACCAAAAAA